CUUUACCCUUAGUAUUGGGGAUGCCCAGUCGAUUCCGUAGGUCCGCCCAAUUAAAAGGUCCAAGCAAAAUUUCGGCGCGUCAGAGGGCUCGCGUUUCUUCUUCAGCAAGAAUUCCACUUCUGGUUCAGUGUAAAACUGUUGAUUAACCGAGAAUUGCAGCGCCAAAACGACUGCAGAAUUGCAUUAAUGGAGUUUUAUCUCGAAGAUGGAAAACAAUUAUCUCCUACCUCAUCUACUCUAAUUCUGCCGGCUCUAUCGAUCGGAAAUGUAGGACAGUUAGCUGUAGAUCUGUUAAUUUCGUCUCUAGAAGCGGAAAAAAUCGGCUGUUUAGACGAUCAGAAUGUGCUUCCUUGCGUUGGCAAUGAUGCUUAUUCGCCGUCGCCUCUCGGAAAACUAGUUCUUUCUCUCGAAGCUUAUGAAUCAUCUUCCAGUGCAUUGACACUUGUGCAGCAGCGGUCUCCGGUAAUUAAGGGCAUGAUGGUGGCAUAUGCUAAGAACAUAGCAAAUUUCGCAGCUGCUAAUGGAAAGAAGCAUGUCGUCAUACUUUCCAGCUUAGAUUUUGGGCGAUGGAGGAAUAUUGAUAUGUCAAGUGGUUUGCAGAUCUAUUACUUAUCUAGUUCCAAUUUGGAUGGAACUGAUACUGCAUGUGAAAGCCUUGGGUGGAAAAGAUUGCAAGAUUAUGAUCCUGCCCUGAGAACGUGGAAGUAUCUUGAUACAUUAGCUCAAGAAGUGCUCGUACCUGAAGAAGAUUCUCCUUUGGAGGAACUGGGUGAUGAAGAUUACUAUCCAAGUUUGCCUUUUGCUGCACUCUUUUCAUGCUUUAAGGCUAAAGGGUUAAAGGUUACUUGCUUGUUCUGUUACUGCUCGGAGGGAGACAAUAUACCUGAAGCUUUCUCAAUGGCUGAGGCAGCAAGCAAACUUGUUGGAUUGAAUGACUUUGUGGGCGAUGACAGUGGUGCUGGUAAAUGGAUCACACCGUACUCAUGGCAGAGCGUAUACGGACCCCCAGCAGACAUGACUCUUUUCUAGGCAGUGUCUCAAUGUAUUUACCUUUUCUGUCUUGUUACUGACAAUGGAGGUCUCAACUUCUAUCGAAAUUUGACGAAUGAAAUCGCGCAGCCUCCAUUUAAAUUUUGGACAUGUUAGCUAAAACAAGCUCCUAUAUAGAUUUUCGAUCUAAA